AACCUACCAUGUCAUAGUCCCCUCCUGCCUCGACUAAACAAUCCUCUAAGCCAAUCCUCAGGUUUAUACUGUAUAGCAGACGUGAUCCGAGCCUCCCAGCCACCGCGAACAUCACAUCUCUCACAGCCCCGAAACACGAGCAACAUUCGCUACAACCUCCAAGGAACAGCGACGUAAGUGGGCGGCGCGGAAUCGGCACUACGUUAGCUCCGCACGGUCCAAUCCCAUACCAGUUUCGCCAACCCCCUCCCCACCAGUGUUUCUAAAUUCAGCACUGGACAGCCAAUCAGUCGUCGCCAAGAGCGAAACCCCAGCCUCGUAUCUGCCAAGAGAUGCGAUUUGGCAGGCUAUCGGCGAUUGCUGGCAUGGUAACGGACUUCCUCGUACCGGGACCCCGCUAUGACGAGUGAACUGUGUGCAGCGGGAGAAAGAAAAUGUCAGGGCGGGGUUGCUGGGAUACGGUAUAAGAUAGACGCUGGAGGGCUUUGGGUGUGCUGGCUUGUGUGAUGAUAUUGUCUUGAUCAGGUCGUGCCUUCCGUUAAAAACAUUCGCUACUCCAAAACCCCAGAGGAAAAAUAAAUAAAUAAGAGGAUUUAACAAAGUUCUCUUCUCAAAACACCAUCGUUGGAAGGAUUCGGACCUGACUCGGGGACUUCAAAGAACUGAAGACAUUUUCUGCAAAAAUCUGUGGACAGACACCAACUCGACAUUCUCAAAAUGCAAUUCUCCAGCCUCAUUACACUCGCCCUCGUCGGCAUGGUAUCAAUGGUGGCAGCACGCCCAGUCAUUUGUGCAGAGAAAACCCUCGAUGGCAUCCUCCUCGGCCGCCUGCCCAAAAACGCCUGCUGCUCCUACGGCUCCUGCGUCGGCGACGUGAACGUCUCCGGUGGCUGAAAAUAGCCCCGUCAAGAGAAUGAAAUAUAAAUAAAAUACGAAAACAAAUACACAUCACAAAAUCAGCAUUAUAAUGGCGUCAAAUUAUUGGCUUGGAGGGAGGCGUUACGAAAUCAACAGCAUGUAUUCAGUCAGCGGAGUUUUUACUGGAUAUUUUACAUGGAAAGGAGGCAGGGCAACAUGGAGGGGGAACAAUGGACGCAUAACGGAAUCACGGAUAAUACGGAAUAUGGGGAUUUAGAAAGGCGGCGGCGGAAUAUGGGAGAGUGCGCUAUAUGCCCAGUUGUGGCUUUAGUUGGCAACCCAUGAGGUAGAUAGAACAUAAGCUACAGAUCACACAAUACGAGCAUAUCAGUAGUCCG